AUGUUUUUCAGAGUCGUAAGGCCAACUGAAGUAGCAACUAGAAACUUCAGCACAUCAGAAAAAAACAACUUCAAAGUAACAGUAUGUGGAGCUUCUGGCGAUAUUGAUCAAUCCCUUUCUUUGUAUUUGAAGAUCAACCCUUUGGUCAGCCAGUUGUCUUUGUACGAUCUUGGACACACUCCUGGAGCAGCUGUUGAUUUGUCUCAUAUUGAGACUGCAGCUAAAGUAAAGGGAUUCAAUGGUCCUGAAUGUCUAAAGGAUGCUUUGAAAAACGCUGACGUAAUUAUUAUUCCAGCUGGUAUACUCAGAAAAUCUGGUAUGACCAGAGACGAUUUGUUAUAUCACUACCAACCCUGUCAACUCUGCUGUUCCUAUUGCCUGUGAAGUACUCAAAAAGGCUGGCAAACUCGACCAAACGUGUAUUUGGUAUCUCCACCUUGGACAUUGUCCUCGCUAACGCCUUCAUCGCAGAAGCCAAAGGACUUAACCCCAAAGAUGUUAA